GUUUCUCGAUUACAAAAUUCUCCCCUCCCUUUCCUUAAGCUCACAGCCCUCCUCCGGUUUCACACUUCAGGCCGGAACCGGAAGUCUAGUGGGCGGGGCCCGGCAGCGGAAUACGCAGCGGAGCCGGAGCGGGGACUCGGCUGUGGCCGCAGCCCCUGUCCCUUCCACGGGUCGCCGUGGCUCCAGGCUGAAGGUCGGUCCGGAGGCGGGUGGGCGCGGGUCUCGCCCGGAGGGUCCGGGCGGUAGCCUCGCCGGGCCCCCCGGGCUCCGAGAGAGAUCAUGUCUACAACCUCCGCCGCUUCCUCCUCCUCGUCGUCUUCGGCCGGUGACAUGAUCGAAGCCCCCUCCCAAGUUCUCAACUUUGAAGAGAUCGACUACAAGGAGAUCGAGGUGGAAGAGGUUGUUGGAAGAGGAGCCUUUGGGGUAGUUUGCAAAGCUAAGUGGAGAGAAAAAGAUGUUGCUAUUAAACAAAUAGAAAGUGAAUCUGAGAGGAAAGCUUUCAUUGUAGAGCUUCGGCAGUUAUCCCGUGUGAACCAUCCCAAUAUUGUAAAGCUAUAUGGAGCCUGCUUGAAUCCAGUGUGUCUUGUGAUGGAAUAUGCUGAAGGGGGCUCUUUAUAUAAUGUGCUGCAUGGUGCUGAGCCAUUGCCGUAUUACACUGCUGCCCAUGCCAUGAGUUGGUGUUUACAGUGUUCCCAAGGAGUGGCUUAUCUUCACAGCAUGCAGCCCAAAGCUCUAAUUCACAGGGACCUGAAACCACCAAACUUGCUGCUGGUUGCAGGAGGGACAGUUUUAAAAAUCUGUGAUUUUGGUACAGCCUGUGACAUUCAGACACACAUGACCAAUAACAAGGGGAGUGCUGCUUGGAUGGCACCUGAAGUUUUUGAAGGUAGCAAUUACAGUGAAAAAUGUGACGUCUUCAGCUGGGGUAUUAUCCUCUGGGAAGUGAUAACACGUCGGAAACCCUUUGAUGAGAUUGGUGGCCCAGCUUUCCGUAUCAUGUGGGCUGUUCAUAAUGGUACUCGACCACCACUGAUCAAAAAUUUACCAAAGCCCAUUGAGAGCCUGAUGACUCGCUGUUGGUCUAAAGAUCCUUCUCAGCGCCCUUCAAUGGAGGAAAUUGUGAAAAUAAUGACUCACUUGAUGCGGUACUUUCCAGGAGCAGAUGAGCCAUUACAAUACCCUUGUCAGUAUUCAGAUGAAGGACAAAGCAAUUCUGCCACCAGUACAGGCUCAUUCAUGGACAUCGCUUCUACAAAUACCAGUAAUAAAAGUGACACUAAUAUGGAGCAAGUUCCUUCCACAAAUGAUACUAUUAAACGCUUAGAAUCAAAAUUAUUGAAAAAUCAGGCAAAGCAACAGAGUGAAUCUGGCCGGUUAAGCUUGGGAGCUUCCCGUGGGAGCAGCGUAGAGAGCUUGCCCCCAACCUCCGAGGGCAAGAGGAUGAGUGCCGACAUGUCUGAGAUAGAAGCCAGGAUUGCUGCGACCACAGCCUGUUCCAAGCCUAAACCGGGCCACCGUAAAACUGCUUCAUUUGGCAACAUUCUGGAUGUCCCUGAGAUCGUCGUAUCAGGCAACGGACAGCCAAGACGUAGAUCCAUCCAAGACUUGACUGUUACUACAACAGAAGCUGGUCAGGUGGGCAGUAGGUCAUCCAGUCCUAGCAUCAGAAUGAUCGCUACUGCCCCAGGACCAACCUCAGAAAAGCCACCUCGAAGUCAUCCAUGGACCCCUGAUGAUUCCACAGAUACCAAUGGAUCAGAUAACUCCAUCCCAAUGGCUUACCUUACACUGGAUCACCAACUGCAGCCUCUAGCACCAUGCCCAAACUCCAAAGAAUCUAUGGCAGUGUUUGAACAGCAUUGUAAAAUGGCACAAGAAUAUAUGAAAGUUCAAACAGAAAUUGCAUUGUUAUUACAGAGAAAGCAAGAACUAGUUGCUGAACUGGACCAGGAUGAAAAGGACCAGCAAAAUACAUCUCGUCUGGUACAGGAACAUAAAAAGCUCUUAGAUGAAAACAAAAGCCUUUCUACUUACUACCAGCAAUGCAAAAAACAACUAGAGGUCAUCAGAAGUCAGCAGCAAAAACGACAAGGCACUUCAUGAUUCUCUGGGACCGUUAAGUUUUAAAAUAUGCAAAAAAAGACUUCUUUUUUUUUUUUUUAAAGGAAAGAAAAACCCUGAUAAUGACAAUCAAGAGUGUUAGCUUUUUGGCGUGUUCUGAAUGCCAGCUGCCUUUAUUUGCUACUUUGUUUCAUCAUUAAUUUUUCUUUUCUCAUGGUGGACAUACAAUUCAACUGUCUCCUUGCAUAUUGAGGACAUCCGUGACUUGAAUAAUCAGCAGUUCCCAACUUCAAAACAGACACGUGAACCGUGGCUGUAUGUGCAUGCUCUUUGUGUGAAGGCUAGCCCAGCAAAAACAGGGGUUUCAGACUAUAGCUGCUAUGUGCAAACAUCAUCCUUUUUUCGAGGUGGAACCUCAAGAAUGAUUUUGUUCUUGUAUCUCAUCUCAAAAAGUAAAUCUUUUCCGAAAGAUGGUAUAUACCAGGUUAAAAACAGGGUAUGAUAAAUCUAAAAUAAUUGGUGGUGCGUUUUAAAAAUGCAGAACCUUUAUAAGGGAGAGUUGGAAGUUAGGGCUUCGAUGCCAGCAUCCUCGGCUCAGUACUGAACUUAGUUUCAUCUAUAAAAUAUUUAAAGGUAAGUGGUGGCUGCUGUAUUUAAUAAAAGCAUAUUUCAUUAGACUGAAAUUUGACUAUGAUACAUUAAACCAAGUGGAACCCUUUCUGUAGGGUAUAAAGAUGUUUAAUUCUGUAAUGGCAUGUAUGUGUGUUGAAACUGUAAAGCUUUAUGACUCUAAUACUGAUAGCUCUUAAAUGAAAUUAAAAGGUAAAUCAGCACUAUCCAACUUAAAUGAUCAUUCCUUCCUGUAGUGAUUAUUGGAACGUUUUACUAUAUAUUUGAAAAAGUGAAGAGAAAUAAUGGAAAUAAUGGCUCCAGAAAAAAGGCUUGAACUUAGCUACUGUUAUGAUACCAAAUGGGUAAAAAACCUGGCAAAUCAGGAAAUGUUAGUAAGGAAGUGAAAGUAAUUAUAAAUUCAUCAAGUAUCCUACUUAUCAAUAUUGGAAUAAUUGAUUUUCCUAGCAAGCCCUUCCUAGAAUGUCUGUUGCCUUUCAGUACUUUUAAGGGAAUUUCAACACUUACAAAGAAAAAGUUUUAUAUUGUUAAAAAUAACUUUGCUACCAACUUUGAAAAUAAAAGUAAUAAUAAAACUUCAUUGAAGUAAUAGAUGAUAUGAGAUCUAUUUUUUUCAGUUGGUAUUAAAAUAAAUCAUAUUUUGAUACCAGUACAAGGUGUCUUUUAAAUAAGGAUGUCAUCAACCUCAUUUUUAUAACAUUAAUGUUUUUGAAGAAAAAAUUAAAACUGAAAGCAUAACUGCUGUGAUUAUUAAAAUUAUAUAAUGGUUGUAUUGUAGUUUUGCUCUAUUUCAUAUAAGCAAGUUAAUCUAAGAAGUUAUCAAACUAUUCUUAAAAAUGCUAAAGCAGGUAACUUUUUCUUUCGUUAUUUUUUCCUUCUCCCACUGAGUUUUAUAAUGUAUUCUUUGUGUAUACAAGCAAUAAAAGUAAAGGACAGUUUGUACUAAACUGUGUCAUCUUUAGCUUCUUCAAAAUCUGCUAUUAAAUGUCUACUCUCACAUCAUUUAAAAAAAGGAGGGUUAUCAUUUCCAAAUAAUUUGAUUACGUAGGUGAAAGUAAUCCUGGGCUUUGACAUAUUAAUAGUAAAAUAAAAUUGGCACAGAAGUAACUGUAGAGUAAGGGAAAGCAUGACUCGGCCAUAGCACCACUGCUUGCGUAUACAUCUGCCACUCCACGAAAAGGGGCCCAGUCAACGUUCAGAGGUUUUUCUCAUUAUCACAGAGGAGCGUGAGGUAUCCAGACAUGGAUGCUAAGGCUCAACUUCCAUUAGGGUUUAGAUUUUGAUUCUGUUUCUUAAUCAUUAAUGUGGUUUUGCUCUACAUACAUAGAGGGAAAAUUUUUUAUUACUGUAAUUAUUACAUGCAGUCACUUCAUAAAAAUAUGCAGAUAGGUAAAUGGAAAUAGUGUUUUGAAGUCAUGAUACCGAAUGUGAACAGGCUUUUGUACACUUGAUUGUUUUUCUAUAGUAAGUUGCUAGAGAUUUUCACUACUGUAAUUGUCCUGGACACAGGUGCACUUCAGCCUUACUUGGUUUUUAAAAAGUUGUGUUGCUAUGCUCAUACUUUGUAAGUCCUGAUUAUCACUGAUGGUCAGAGAAAAGGAUUGCAGUGAUUGCUGAAGUCCACAGCCAGUUUCAUCAGUAUCCUUACCCAUCAAACAUUCAAAGAGAGAUGUUUUUGGGGAGCCAAUUUUUUUAUUCUGGUUUUACCAUGUAUUCUAACCCUUGUUUUGGGGUGGAAAUAACAGACAAGUAGCUAAAAGCCCCCAGUCUAAGAAAUUCACAAAUAGUCCCCGCACAAGGGUUCUUGCCUCCAGGAAAGGAAAUAAAGCUUUUAUCUAACCUAUAGGGAAGUAUACCUAAGCAAUAAAAAUACUUAUUAUAAUACUUUUACUUAAAUAAAAAUUAGCAUUAAAAGAAGGCAUGGAAACCAUAAAAAAGAACCUGUUCAAAAUGAAGGCUACACUAAUUGGAGUGAAGAAUAAAUUACCAGGAAUCAACAGUAGACUAGAUGGGACAGAAUCACAUCAGCAAUUUGGAAUAUAAAGAAGCAGAAAACACCCAAUCAGAACAGCAAAACGAAAAAAGAAUCC